AUGGAGUUGGAUUUGGACUUGCUGCGGAGACAGGAGGAAGCCGACCCGUAUCAAACUACUCGCGAACUGACAGUCGCUCUUGGAGUGAGUCAAACCACAGUUGUUCGCGGAAGUCAAUCGGCAAGAGGACACUGGAUUGUAAGUGCUCACGCACCUACGGAGACCGCAGAGGACCACGACAAGGACGCGUUUUGUGAUGAACUCAGUAUGUUGAUAUCCAAGAUACUAAGCCAACAGGCGGUAAUUGUCGGAAUAGAUGCGAAUGCAAAGAUGAGAGUUGAACAACAAUCCGAUGUGCUUGGAAAAUGGUUCUAUCCCAUGAAGCAAACAUCGGACAACGAAAAUCGUCUGAUAGACCUUGGCGAGCAGCCGAAUCUCAUCGUUGUAUCCAUGUUUGAGGGGAAUCAUCGACGCAGUCAGCUGGCAAGGGAAAACCCCAUUAACGUCAGAAGAGCAGCGAAAGCAGAAGAUGCCAACUCUUAA